AUUCCCAAAGGCAGAGUGUUGCGCUCGCUCUAUCUCCUGCAACUCCGUUUCUGAAACACCCAAUUAACAAUAUUAACCCUAGAUUUGGUCCUGUAUCUUUCCAUUAAAGCCACUACCCACUAGAAUCUAGAACCCAGUUCUCAUGGGAAACCUUCCUAUAUAUCUUUCUUCUUCUCCAAGCUUCAAUUCAUGUUGGAUCUCUGCCACAUUCCUUCCUUCAAACAGAAGAUCUGCUGGUUUUCUGGUCAGGGCAGCAUCAGUACCGGAAAAUGUUGACGGGAUUUCAAAUUCUAGGGAUUUGACCCAAAGCUUCCUGCUUGCCUCGGAAUCAUAUGUUUGGACACUGGUAUCUUCUGAACUGAACAUCUAUUUCCACAUUUUCAGCAAGCAGGUUCAUUUCAUUGUCUUUCUCUUUGUCUUGCUCUGAAUUUUAUUUCUUUUAUGUUGUCUGAGAUUUCCAAAGGUUACGCUUUUCUGAUUUUUUUUCCCCAUCUACGUUUGAUCAUGUAACUAGAUGUUAAUUCAUUCCCCAUGCUUAUGAUGCUUGAAAUUUAACUACUUCUGUAUGAAAUGAAAAAACCCUUUUUUUUUGCUUUCUGUUUCUCCUCUGUGGCUCACUUCCCCUAGAGUAAUUAAAAAUAAAAAGUCUGUUUGUUCUUAGUUCUCUCCAUUAUUUGGAUUUUUAGGUUCUUGAGAAGGGUUUCCAGCAACAGUUAAAGCCUCCAAAUUUGGGCGUGGGACUUUAAUUAAUUAGAUUGUUGUCAUAAUGUGGGCAUUUAACCUCUACAAUCUACCAAAGCUCACUCUUUCACAGGUAUUUGUUUUGUUGUUUGUGAAUAAUUUUCAAACACUCUUCAGAUAUGUUGUAAUUUUCAGCUUGCAGCCAUCAUAUAGGGCAACCUCUUGACCCACAUCUGUCUGGACAAGGUUAAUUUUUCAUUCAUUUACACAUUCAGUGCAGUGGAGCUCAUCUUCAUUGUCUUGUUCUCUGUCCGGUUUCUAGGGGAGGUAAGAAAUAUUGUCCUUUUUA